AAUAAGUAUCCAUUUGUUGAGUUUAAACCCUUUUUCUUAUCACUUGCCGGAGAAAACGAGGGAGAACAUGGAGAUAACGAAACCGGAACAUGUUUCAUCGGGGCAAAAGCGUCUAAACGUGAGUUUCAUCGUCUCUCUUAUGGUACUUUGCGCAAGACACGCAAGCCGAGUCUCCAAGAAGCUUAAACUCAAGCCAACUCGUAAGGCAACUCAUCUCGAAGACCAUCUCAAGAGCCCUAACUCCGGCGGUGGAGAAGGUGGAGGAAGGUUUGGAUGGAGUCCGGCGAGGGCUUUUUCGCCGAUGAGAGCACGUCCUAAGGAGCUUUUGACGACUUUGAGCAACAAGGCAAAGACUAUGGUUGGUCGGAAAAACAAAGCUUACGACGUUGGAGGUACACCGGCGAAGAAAAAGACGGCGGUGGAGAUGGUGAUGGAGGAGGAGGAGGAAGAGGAGGAGUAUGGUAUUUGGCAGAGAGAGAUUUUGAUGGGAGGAAAAUGUGAGCCGUUGGAUUACUCCGGCGUUAUCUACUAUGAUUGCAGUGGACAGCAGCUAAAGGAACUGCCUCCGAGAUCGCCACGUGCCAGUUUGGUGCCGGAACGCCCGACCCGUUCGUAUGUCGGGUCGGUUUUGAACCCGACGGGAAGGGAAAUGUAA